AUGAGACCGCCGAUUGAAGAGUCGCAAGUCCUUGAAGGUAUGAGCGUUUUCCUUUUGAAGGUUACUGGAUUUUGGAAUGCGAUCAACACCUAUCUCACCAAGGGGCGAAGGGGCAUCCCCUUCAAUGCUUUCACUGCAUACGCAUUUAUAUACGCUUUCCCGUACAUACUGUUUCAACUAGUCAGUGUCUUAGUCAUACCCCUUAAUGUCGAAACCCUAUCGAUAAAAGAACUGAGUGAAAUAUUUACACUGCUAAGACAAGACUUCCUCUCGUGUAUACCAUCGCAUAAAAUGACGAAAGUUAAAGAAAUUCAAAGAUAUUGGGCCAAAUUUUCGAAUAUAGCCAGCUUAGUGGCAAUAAGUUGUGCAACGCUGUGCAUUACAAGUUGGAUUGCUGUGCCAGGAAUCAAAGCCGUGGAUGACACUGGUGCUGUGUCCAAGAAGAUACUUGGAGGUUGCGAUUGGUACCUGGUCGACAGAGAAUACGCUAGAACCGCGCAAAUGAUGAUGGUUAGAACUUGCAAACCUCUCACCCUUAAAGUCAUCAAGAUGUAUCCAGUCAGCGUGGAAAUCUUAGUUGGGGGGAGAGACGCGGGCUGGGAUGCUAGACGGUCGGUGUCCCAGCGGUGCCGGCUUCGAUCCAAGCCCACAGUGAGCGACCCUUUUAUGCCCUAUUUUAUGGCUCUGUCUCUCCUCUAG